AUGCCAAAGGAGAGAAAGAAAAGUGAGCACGAGUCAAGAAAACGUAGACUAUUGAGCCCUUUUCGAAUAAAAGUGGGCUGUGUCGUAGCAUUAAGGUUUCGUAUUGACGGUAAUCAUAUAGUGCAUGAAGCUUCACAAGGUUUUACAAGCUUUGAAAAAAAUGUAUUUGAUUUGAAAAAGAAGGCGUUCAACGAUGUUUGGUGUGAUCCAAAGCCAGGAUAUGAUAGAGGCUUCAACUUAGUGGGGAGAUACAUACGCUGUUGCUUCCCGAAAUUGGUGCUCUCAAGUUCGUUCCACGUACCUGAGGCUUCAACUCAAUUCCUGGAGGGAGAAAUUGUGUCAACAGUCAAAGACGAGUCUCAGACCAUCUGCUCAAAAUUGUCGUAUCGUCAAAAGGAAGGCCGUGGAACGGCUGUAGACCUGCUGAUUUCGAAAGAGUGUUUCAAAUCGAUGCCAUUCCUUUUGAGAUUCAGAAUGGAUUCGGAUGUCGACACAUCACGACUUGACGAAUCCUCGAGAAGGCAUCAUCUAAACGAAUUGCGCAUUAAGGGGUCAGGCAAAGCUAUUGUUAGAGUUGUUUUGUCUGGAAUGAAGCAACAAAAAGGCGACGACCGCUUGGUUGUUAGAUGGGUAGUUCGAAAGAGAAUAUUUGUCGGGAAUUUGAUACCGUCUAAAACAGGAAACGAGGCGACAAAAGGGGUAGGUGACGCUAUAGCUAUAUCAUCGCAAAUACCAAAGAGGCGAAAGAUUGCAGAUUCCAGGCAAAUGUUUAUAGGGGAUGGAUAUGACACAGAAUUGCAGCAGCGAACAAACUGGCGAUGGUUUGCAAGCAAAUUUAAUCCAAUGUCAUUUGCUCGCACAUUUCGGAUACCAUUCGAGUUUUUUGGGUGCGCGAUUUCACAGGCUGUUGGGGAAGUUGUCAGAAUAAUUCCAGAACCUCCGGAUUCAGCCAGUCUAGCAAUGGUGACAGUCAGGCGUCUUGUUUUACCGGAACACACUCUUGUGGGUCGACUCUCCAGUCAACGAGACAAUGCAGUCUUUCAAGACUUCGAUGAUUCGAAAAGAUUCUACAACAACGGCCAAGCUUUACCAGAGGAAGAAAGAGAAACUGGAUCGGCUUUAUUCAAUGUACCUAUUGAGGAAAUUCUUGUGAUCAGCAAGAAGAUCCAUGAUGGUGCAGCCGUGCAACAGAAUGAAACCAUCAGAGGAUUGGUGUUGACAGAUGCCUAUUCCUUGGACCAAAAUGAGUUCUUCAAUUUCAAUCAAGAGGCAACCCAUCAAUUUGUUUCUGCUCAAAAUAUGAACCAUCAGGGCCUGUCCGAUGGCGCCGAUUUGUUUCAGGAAAAGGGGACAACGAAAUCGUCGACGCCAACUAGAGGAGCACCAGACUGUUUCGGAAGCUACAAUUCGCCUUUGCAGAAUCAUCAGAAACUAUUUGAUUUUGCAGUUUCAGCAGCAACAACCAGUCAUUCAAUACAAGCAUCUAUGGAUGAGAGGUCAACAUUUUGGACAACACAGGGCCUUUUGAAGCUUAUCCCAAACCUCGAUUUUUCCAUCAAUCAUCAUGAUUUCAUCCCGCUGACCAACCUUGCAUCAUCAAAACCCAACUUUAAAAAAAAAAAAAAUAUUUCAAUAAAAUCGAAACGGAACCUGGGAAUCAACACUUUGCCCUCUCCUGCUUCUACAACAGUGAAAGCCGCUUUGCCAGUGAGACCACAGGGCAUCCCGUCAGUGCAACCCCCUUCACAACACAACAAUGUUGAUACACCUCUCAGGAACUGCAGCCGCACGUUCCAAUUCAACCAGCAGACACGGGGUUUUGAAGCUGGAACUCUUGAAUUGACCGAUUUUCAUGACAAGGUCAACUCUCCACCUGAAAAGGUGCGCAACUGUAGACCACAUGUGAUUCCCCUGACGCGAAGGAACCAAGAUGCACACCCGAGCAAUCGGGCACUGCGCGCAAAUCAGCGCCGUCUCCUCCGCAAUGUUGUAUCAAUUGGACUAAACGUCGAUACGUUAGCAGGUCGCGAUUAUGAGGAGCAUUUGAGAUUCGAUAGAAGCAAUAUUCACGCUUGGGGCGUCUUCACUGACAAGGAAAUCAAGCAAAACCAAAUGAUCGUAGAAUACAGGGGCGAGAUCAUUGGAAACUCCGUGGCAGAGAAACGAGAGCUAGAAUACGUCAAAAGCAAUAUUGGAAGCGACUACAUGUUCCGUAUUGAUGCGUUCACUGUUUGCGAUGCUACUAAACAGGGAAACGUCGCUAGAUUCAUCAAUCAUUCCUGCAACCCUAAUUGCUUUACAAAGAUCAUUUACAUCGAGGGCAUUCGUCGAAUUGUGAUCUAUGCCAAGCGAAAUAUCGAUUUCGGGGAAGAAUUAGGUUACGACUACAAAUUUCCUCUUGAAUACGAUCCCGAAAAGAGAAUUGAAUGUCAUUGCGGUGCCAGAAUUUGUAGUGGGUACAUGAACUGGGAUAAACGCUACAAUGCUUCCAUAGAUUCUGAGACAGGUACAUAA